GACAGCUCAGUGGAAGCUCUGUGCCUGCUUGUCUCACGAGGUGAAACUGUCUCUGUCCUCUCUGUCCAUCAUGGAGGCUGUGGCUCUGUUCUCUUUCACAGCAUCAGAACCAGACGAGAUCAGCUUCCAGAAGGGAGACGUGGUCAAAGUGACAGAGAUGGAGGAAGACUCCUGCUGGUUCACAGCUGAGGUCCAGGGGAAGCGAGGCUACGUGCCGGAGAACUACCUUUACCUUCUCCCUCAUCCCUGGUUCGCAGGGUCAGUGUCCAGGCUGGAGGCUGAGCAGUGUCUGCACCGGCAUGAAACUGGAGUGUUUCUGGUGCGGGACAGUGAAUCUGCUCCUGGAGAGUUUUCUCUCUCUGUCAGCUAUGGCGACAGGGUGGAGCACUUCAGAGUCCUGGAGGGGGGUGGUCAGUACUUCAUCUGGGACAAGUCGUUUUGCUCCUUGAACCGCUUGGUGGACUUCUACCGAACAAACAGUAUCGCCUUAGAGAAAGUGGUUCGCCUCAAAGAUCUUCCCUCGUCCCCUCGGCUGCAGGCCCAUCCUGGACACAACCCGUACCCCAACCCUUAUAGAAGCACCUCGCAGGAGUCAAUCCAUUCUACCCACUCUAACCUCAAACCAGUUUUGGAGAAGCCUCGUCUGGCUCAUGCCCUCUGCGACUACACCCCCCCUCAAACCGCCCACCUCCACUUUAGACGUGGAGAUGUCAUCAACCUUCUGGACUGUUCAGACUCGCUGGGCUGGAGGGGGCGCUGUCGAGGCCGGGUGGGCAUCUUCCCUCCAGAAUAUGUUCAGCCGCUCUUCCACUAGCUCCACGGCUGACCUUCAGAUCUGUGCUGA